AUGAGCAACCUCACCGCACUAAAGUCUAUUAUCGAAAAUCUGAAGAGCGACAAAGUUAAGCAGCGUCAAGAUGCAUUAGUUGCUCUGCGAGAGGCUUUCUCCCAGGACAGAGUGUUAGCAAGCCUCCAGUAUAAUGAAGAAGGGAAUCGUCUACCUAAGCAUUGGCUUGCCAUCUUUCAGGCCUUGUUCAGCACCGUUCAGAUAGAGAAGAAAGCCUCCACACAAAGGACAAAAUCCGGACCCUCGACUGCUGCCUCUCUUCGAAGGCUCUCUGAAGCAGCCAGUACAGUUCGAUGGCUGAUCGAACGUACUGUGCAAUUCAUGACCAAAACAAUUGCCAGGGUCGUGUUUAGCCAUCUUAUAUCGAUGCUGCCUUCUAGGCCGACAGCCGACGCCGAAUUGUUUACACCAGUAGCCUUGGAUUAUGCUAAGGCUUUGAAAUGUCUUGUCUCGUAUACACCGCACCUUGAACACCUGGACGACGAUAUGUGGAUUAGUAUUGUGCAAAUGAGCUUCAAUGUCAUUUUGGAUGAACCCAUACAAUCGCGAUUUGCUGGAAAAUAUGUGGGAGCGGAGGACGAGGACGAGGCGCGCCAGGUCGAUUCAGACAUGUACGAGGAUGACAGCGAAGAAAUGGAUGAGGACAUGGAUGGUACUGACUCCGACAAUCUUUCAUCUUUGGCGACCGCCAAUGAUAAGAAACGUCGCCGAACCCCUGCUGCUACUCCUUCGACCAGUAAAAAGCGUCCUCGAACACAUAGCCCCCCAACACCCAUCCAGUCCCCCCGAAAUGCACCUGGCAUUUAUAGGACACCUGUAUCUCUUGAACAAGUGGAGUUCGCGUCUCUCCUAUCUAUCAUGAUUGGAUCGCCCAUUGCGCCUAUUCUGAGGUUUUCAAAUCUUCCAUCGGCAAUCCUUCAGCGGCUCGAACAGUUCUUGCAACGUUAUCCAUCAGACUCAUCCCUUCUUCAUGAUUUCCUCUCGAUAUUAUCCUCCACGCUUUCUCAUAUUUCUCUUAACAAGAAAUUCGAAGUGGCUAAAUUCUCUCGGUCUGCUUGGAGUGCCCUAGUAGGGUUAUGGGGAACCAAAGACAAAAGCAUAAAAGCUGGGAUCAUAGAUAUUCUCCGGCAACUUUUGCCAUUUACGAUGUGUCCUGUUGAAAUUAAACGGUCAAAACUCCCUCAAUUUGAUUGUGCAAAAGAAUUUGGGAGGUUGAAGGACCUACUAGCUGGCGAAACUGAAAACCGGUGGGGGAUUGCUGGUCUCUCACUUGACGCUCUAAGGCUACAGAACAUUGGUUUUGAUGAGGAAGAUAAACAAUCCAACGAAAUAUUCGUGGCGAAAACCUUUCGAGCGGGUUGGAACUUCGACGCUGAUCAAGCUUUAUCGUGGGCCGUACUUGAAUUAUAUGCCAAUUGUGUGGGACAGUUAUACCAAUUUUCAGAAUCAAUGGACUCUACCUACGGUACCGGCCUUUCACGUACAGGAAUUAAACGCAAGCCGGUUGACCCCGUUCUCUCGAUAUUGAAUUUAAUUCACUCAGUAACAUUGCCAACCACGCGUUGUUACCACCUACAAACGUUGCUCUUCGUUAUAGACCAUUAUUGGUCUACUCUUCAUAGCAAACUGAAGGAACAGAUUGUCGACACUCUUUUACAGAAUGUUGUCGCUGAGCAUGCUGUAGUUCAAUCAUGGGUGUUUUUAAACUUCACCGCGGUCAUUCAAGCGGAGGGUUCGUUGGCACGUCGUCUGAUGCCUACGACAAUAGACAUUAUGAAAUGGGACUCGAUUUGGACCCAUGCAGUCCGCAGAGUCAAUGUUCCUGCUAUAUGUCGUGCAGCUUGUCACGCUGGAUACACCAUUUUGUUUUCACAUCCCUACAUCUCCAAAUCUUCGACUGCCUCCCUUUCUUCUCAUCGUAUCUUGUCCGAGAUCGAAACGUUGACUAAGGAUAUGGACAUUCAAGGUCCUCCUUAUCCAUUUGACUCGGUAUGCAGGUUUUUGUCACAGUGCUUGUUAAUUGCAAGCCAGGACUCUCGGCUUUACCGCAUGCAUCUUGAGGAUAAAAUUGCAAGUUGGCUUGUCGAUGCCUGGGAAAUCACGGGAAACAAAAUGAAGAUGCCUACAAAUACAGUUGCAGAUAUCUUGUUUCUACUUGAAACCAUAUGUGGCCUCUCAAAACGGAGCGGGUUGGUUGUCCAGCCCUUGAUACCUCAGUCUCAAAUUACCGACACCAUCUUGAAGGAAAAUAAGGUCCGAGUCGUUCAAGAUUACGUUCUGCAUGCCAAACUGCCUCCUUUCGUUCUCAACAACGAUCCAGUGCCCAAUCUCCUAUCUGCAAAAUCUUUUAGCACUCACAACAACCAUCCUUCUGAUAGCUCGCAACUCGCUGUAUCUAAUGUCAGGGCGCGCAAGAUGUCGUCGUUUUUGCUGCACUCUUUGGAAGCCCUGAUUGAGAGAUGGAAUGCCACUAAGGACAGUGGCAUUCAUCCGACAAUCGAAACAACGCGUCAGUCGAUAGACAUUGCCAUCAUUGGCAUCAUUUUUGAAACUCUUCUAUCACUAAACGGUACACCAUCCAACAGACAAGUUGUUCAGAGUUCAGCCAAACUUUUAUCCGCUCUUGUUGUCCUUAUAAAUGAUACACGGUGGUCCAUAACAGAAAGGCUCCUAUUAGCUCAUUCUCUGGAAAUUUUAACUGGCAAUGAUCAUACAAUUCAGGUGGAUGACUUCCAUGGUCCUCUUGGUGUACCUGGCGGUCAUUCAGGGAUCAAGGCGCAGGUGCUAUUAAAACUACUUCACAGUCAUCAUAGUGGCCCAGCGGAAGAUACGAGAGAAUCUCAUCACGUUCUCCGUAUGAUUUGGCAAAACGUCGAUCUACAGGAUGCACUUGACUUGGCAACUUCAACUCUCCGAGCAACAAUGUCAGAGCUCCUGUUAGGAAAAUCUGUUAGUUCAAAUGGUUUUGGUAAAGAUCAAGAGGACCAUGACGGAUUUGGGUCAAUCCGAACCGCUCAUCAAAGCUCAACACUCGACGGUGGAGAAAGUAGUGAUAGGCCCAUUGAACAUAUUUUCCGAAUAUGUAUUGGUGUUCUUUCUUACGGCCCCUUUCUCCAGUCACUAUCUGCGGAGGCAAACCAAGACAAAGACUUGGCUCGUAGUAUCCUUGAAGGUGCAAACACCCGCCCAGAAAGAUUUGUUGUUAUUUGUCCUAUCUACCUCAACGCACUUCGACAGGGCAUAUUGCAUCUAUCUACCAAACAGCUCUCUGACUUUUUUGACGUCUUUGGAAAUUUGCUUCGACGAUACCCCUUUUCCCGGAAUGAACGCUUUCAUCGAUUGGUAAUAUACCUCCUAAUGUCGAGUAUUGGGAAGUGGGAAGGUAAGGACCCAAUGAAUCAAAAAGUUCGAAGUCAAUUUCGCGAUCUAAGCUCUUGGCUUUGUCGAACAUUCGUCGUGGACGAGAAUAAGAAGGUCCCUCUUGGAUUCCGAUCAUGGAUAUUACGAGAUGCAUUUGCACAAUUUCUAGAUGAAUAUUUGUUGGUAGACUCGGAUGAGAAAUUUUGGCCGGGGCAAAAUGCUCAGGAAUUUCCGACCUCCAUGUUGCUUGCCAUGAACACCGACCAUGACACGAGAGUUCGUUUUCGCGUGGCUACAAUUAUGUCUAACCUUUCUUCAGAAAGAGGUACAGACACAUAUGGCCGUAUUGCCGAUUCUCUUCCCAUAGACCUUGAUGCGUUUGAACACAUUUUGACGAGGUUGUUGGCUCUAGGAAAUAUCAUGAUCGUUAAUUCGGCACUUCGUGGGGGAUCCUAUUGGCACUUACUAGAAGCCUCUCUUUAUCACGAGGCUUACUCCACACAUAUAGAAUCCAUCCUCAUGGGUGUUUCUACCAGACUAGGCAUUUCCCCAUUUUCAGCGCUUUUUGAAGCAUAUAUGACACAAAUCGUACAUUGUGUCAACGCCACUGAUAAAGAUUUUAUGCAUUUUCCGCCCCAGAUAUUGGGUUAUCACGACAGAAAGCAGUUUUCGGAAGCUACAUUUCGGGUCUUGGCGCCAACCCAUAUUUUACACGAUAGGAUCGAAGAAUUUGGAAGGCAUUGCAAAAUGGUCCAGAAACCAUUGUCUAAAGGCGUAGAAGAUUGCUUUGGAGAAAUCGUAGGCUUUUGGAUAUUAGAAUCCCUCGGCAACAUUCCACAACAUCUGGACCCAUUGGCAGAGCUGGAUGCUUUCAUUCAAGGAAAGCUUUCUGAUACUUCUAAUUUCAAGUCUUUAUGUGAAGAGAACAUGGAUGGUAUCGUGAUUCAACUAUUUCGGUCUUUGGGUGAUCAAGAUUGUUCAGACAACGGUCCAAUGGCCUCGGCGUUGCAACAACAUGACGAUGGCAAUCGAUCCAUGCGCACUUUUGUACGUGCCAAUAUCUUCCGCCGAUUUGAUACCUUUUCGACGCAUCCACCGAAUCGCCCAAUGUAUCAUACACAAACUGUGCUCGAUGGAUUGGCGUUGUUGAAGAAAACCUAUCCCAGUGCCUUCAGUGUAGCGACUACGUAUCACGUUAUCCAAGGCUUAAUGAACGAAAUUCAUCGGACUCCUCUAGUCAACGAACAACUUCGUCUAGUCAAUGCACUGACUCUGUGGUUGGCCAUCCAGCACCAGGAUAUGCAAGACGUAAUCAUUCACCAGGUCAUACUUCAAGGAGCAACACUCCUUAUAUCUCAAUGGGAUUUGGCACGAUCCGCUCAGUCUCUUCUUGAUUUAGUAUUCCGACAUUACAAAAAUGUAAAUGUUAAAGAUGCCCGCUUUUCAAACGCUUUCAUACGCAUAUGCUCCAUUGCCCAUGAUUAUGUUACAAACGCCCACGACACUGCUAUCUCGAAGCUAGGGCAAGAUCUACAGUCAUGGGUUGACGAACAAGCACUUGAAAUGAGUAAGGCAUCCACUACAGAUAACGCUAUCAUGCGAGCCCUACCUGCUUGGCCCAGACUGCCCUCAUCGGAGCUUCUUCCACUCUUCGAUCAAACAUCACUUCAGAGCUUAAUAUCCGUUCUCGAAGAUCACCAAAUUACUUCAAACAAAUUUCGCAUAGUGCGGCGUUUCAAAGAACAAACAGAACGAUAUGGUUACGAUAAUGACGACGAGUUUGCCAAUACUUACUUUUGGCGUUUCAAAGAUUGUAUGCCUCUCCCUGAAAUGCUGCAAGAGCAAGACCUUGAGUCCUUCGCGGAUCUUAUUUUUUUACAUCAUGGACACAUUCAAAGCUUUGACGUUGAAUUACAUAACCUGAACAAAGCUCGCACCCGUCAUGUCCGCAAUUUGAAGUCAAAACCGACUCCUAACGAAAGCAAAAUCGACCCGGCCCGCGAUGCUAUAACACUGGCGCUUCUCAUAAUGCUGGAAGACGAGAAACCAGUGAAUGUGUAUAAUGCAUAUAGCACUUUACGGUUCAUUGCAGCUGUCUCUUCGACCCCAAGCCAGGAGCUAGGUCUCUCUCAUGAAAAUAGAACAGCAUUGAAAUUAUUCAAGGUUCAUCGGCGGUCACCCUUGACUCUUCAAGUUGUCCCUAUGGCUGAUCUCUUGAAGUCUGAUGCAUAUAUUGAGGCCGCCACCAACUUUCCUCGAUGGAUUUCACUGAUGACGAUAUUGUUAAGCAACAACCUGUCCAAGAUCAAUCUAUUCUAUGGUCAGCUGUCAUCCAUUCUUACAUCAGACACCAACUUCGCCGAAGAAGUGUUUCCCAUUCUUGUAUUUACACUACUUCACAGCGAUAGAGACGGGGUCCAAUCUUUCAAGAAAAUUUUAUCUGAAUAUUUUUCGCUAAUUCUCCUAUCCGGAUCCACAGAUAAUGCUUGCCUGCGAGCAAUUGUUGACGUUGUUUUGCACUUGCGCUAUUUUCUACCAUACCCAACAGAUCGUCUGUCAUAUAAUCAUUGGUUGGAGAUCGAUUUUACUCUUCUCGCCAAAAGCGCUAUCUCGUGUGGUGCAUAUACCACUGCUCUUUUGUUCGUGGAACUUGCGGCAGAGGAAGGCGCCAAAACUUUGCAAGAAAACAACAUUGUCGAGAAUGUGUUGUACGACAUUUAUGCACAUAUUGAUGAACCGGAUGGAUUUUACGGGAUCAAAACUCAAGAUCUGCACCAGUUUUUAAUCAGGCGAUUCCAUCAUGAACAUCAAUGGGAUAAAGCAUUUCGAUUUCAUGGAGCAACUCUGGAAGCGGGCAUUAAUGCAAAUCUUGGACAACAAGGGCUCAUCGACUCCUUCCAUUCCUUCGGCUUUGAUCAUCUCGCUGUUGAUACUCUGCAAAAAAUUACGGACGACUUCUCAUCUGAUAGCAAGCUUUCAGCAAUCAAUUUCGAGCUUGGGUGGAGAACCGAGAAUUGGGAUCUACCAGAUCAAUCCCAUGCUCCGCGGUCGCCCCUUUACCGUGCCUUGAGGGCUAUUCACAGGGAACGCGAUCCAAUUGCAGUGGAGGACAUAAUUAAAGCUUCUUUGCGUCAAGAAGUUGGACGAUUACGUUCUUUAGGUUCAGAAAAUUUAACCGAAAUCCGCGCUGUCUCUAGGGAUCUCAUGUCUUUAAGUCAAAUCAAGGAAUGGUGGAAGACAAUCGGACAAGAAUUGAGGCCCGAUGAUGUUCCUAAAGAAUGGCACAAUUUAGCUGAUAUGGAUACACGAUUUGAAUUCGCUGAUUUGGAACAGAUCAUGGCAACGCGCAUCUCACUGGUACGCUCAGUGCGAAAGAAAGAGGAACGACGGCAAAUAGGAACUCUGAUAUCACCAUCUGUGCGCAGUCUAAGGGAUGUCGAGAAGCGUUGCCUCAUUCGCCUAUCCGAAGCUGCCAGAUCCUCCGGAAAAAUUCAAAUCGCUCUCAAUUCCAUUGUUAAAGCUCAAAAACUUGAUUCAAUGCCUACUUCCAACGUUUCUGCGGAGUUUGCUCAUGUGUUGUGGGUUCACAAAGAAGAGAAGAUGGCUGUCCAAUAUCUGAAAAAUGUAGUAGAAGUCACGACCGCUGGGGACACGUCCUGGGAUCUUGAGCAAAAGGCGCUCUGGCUCUCCAGUCUGGGCACCUGGACCUCAGAAGCUUAUUUGGCAAAGCCAACUGAAAUCUGGGAUCAGUAUUUUUUCCCCGCAGUCGACUUACUGGAACAACUUAGGGAACUUCAACAGCCAAUAACUGAAGCUUCUCAGGCCACAGUUUAUCGUGAAUGUGCCAUGUUUGCAGAACGUCAAUAUCAUACAACCUUAAAAUCACCAGAUGCUUUACGAUGGAAGGUGUACGUUGAUCGUAAAAAGAGGGAGAUUGAAGAUCGCAGCCAGGAAAUGGCAACAAUACCCGAGGGCACAGUUCGAUACAAAGAGCUGACGAGAGAACAAGCGAAUGCGAACAAAAUUCUUUCAGAAGAUAGUGAGCUUUUCAACAGACACAACACUUUGCGGGAAUCGUUCUUGAAGCAAGCGAUAGAGAUGCACUCACGUUGCCUUGGAGUUUCAAGUGGGUAUGACAACGACUCAGCUGUCCGGUUCUGUUCAUUAUGGUUUGCCAAUUUUGAUGAUUUAUCUAUUCUGGAGGCAGUUAGGCAAGGCAUAGAAAGAAUUCCUUCGCACAAGCUUGUUUUCCUAGCUCACCAACUCACGGCUCGAGUAGCCCAUUCCUCAGUGACAACCCUACCGCCAGCUCAACAGAACCUCCAAGAUUUGGUUUUAAGGAUGUGUCGAGAACACCCAUUCCAUAGCCUUUACCAAGUAUAUUGCUCGGCUGACCAUAUCCCCCCGGACUUCAAUCGUCGCCAAUCCGGACGUGGAUCGUCUCAGACUACGCAGAGCACUCAAACUGAACGUGGGGCGGCUGCAUCAAACAUUCUCAACCGUCUAAGAGACGAUCCAAUUACUGGACAGCGCGUACGUGACGUUGAGCAAAUAUGCGACGCAAUUGUAGAGUGGGCGGUAUUUCCAAUUUCUAAGAAGGACGCAUACAAGAACAAGGCGUCCUACGAUGUCCCCUCUGCAAUGAAAAUUCUGAGAAUUCAGAAUAUGAAGGUCCCCGUAUCAACCGCGCGUAUUCCCGUGGACCCUUCAAUGAAGUACGACAACUGUGCUUGGCUGAAGUGUUAUUCCCGGACCUUUUCGACAGCUGGUGGCGUCAACUUGCCUAAAAUCUGCAAGUGCCAAGAUAUGGAAGGGCGGGCAUAUAAACAACUGUUUAAAGGAGAAGGGAAGGAUGACUUGCGGCAGGAUGCUGUUAUGGAACAAGUCUUUGACCUGGUCAAUAGUCUUUUGAAACAGGACCGAGAGACUCGGCGACGACAUUUACAAGUUCGUGACUAUAAGGUUAUUCCUCUAAAUUCCACAGCGGGCCUGCUGGAGUUUGUCGGUAAUACUACUACUCUCAGGGAUUGGCUGGGGGCAGCACACAUCAAAUAUCGACCUCAAGACGAGAAACCACAAAUCGUUGCCGAUAAAAUAAGGAAGUAUCAGGCCCUUUAUGCACACCGACCCGACAAACAAAGAGAUGCCUAUGAACACGUCAAGAAGAACUUCAAACCUGUCUUCAGGCAUUAUUUUACGGAAAAUCAUAAAAAUCCUAUUUCAUGGUUCAAAAUGCGUCUAAGAUAUACACGGAGUGUUGCUACGACAUCCAUCGUUGGCCAUGUACUUGGUCUUGGUGAUCGACACGUCUCUAACAUACUCAUUGACAAUGGUACCGGAGAUGUUGUCCAUAUCGAUCUUGGAAUCGCUUUCGACCAGGGAAGGCGUCUACCGAUCCCAGAACGAGUACCCUUCCGAAUGACUGCAGACAUCAUUGAUGGAAUGGGUAUCUCAGGCACAUCGGGUGUUUUUCAGAGAUGUGCUGAAGAGACUUUGAGAGUUUUGCGAGACGAAUCUGGAGUCAUCAUGACGGUUCUCGAAGUCUUCAAGCAUGAUCCUCUCCACACUUGGACUGCGAGCGAGACAAAAGUCAUGCAAGCACAAUCAGAGGCACCAAUUGCUGCGCCAAUUGUUCAGGAUGCCGCUCGUUUCAACAUGGGGAUUGGAAUUGACAUCAACAGUGGCUCUGCUGAGGAGGCUGCUGAUCGCGCUUUGAGCUCUGUUGCUCGCAAACUUGACAAAUCUUUAAGCGUGGAAAGUACGGUCAACGAACUAGUGGCGGAGGCGACUGACCUUCAGAACUUGGCAACCAUUUACCAUGGUUGGUCACCACAUUUGUAA